GUUGUUGCCAUCCAAUGUUACCUCCUGUCUCUGCUUACCUUUGAAUGUACCAUUUAACCGUGGCAGAAAAGUGACUGCCCUUUUGUAUUGGACAUUAUUCAACCUAGUUAUUUACCAGUGUUUGCAGUUCCGUGUUUGUUUUGUAAUCAUUCGUGCAGACCUGCACCCCAUACAGUUCUUGUUUAGCCAAUCAUAUUCUUGUACCAGCCCACGCCCAUAACACUCCCCCAUAAUUAUCAGAAUUCGAUAAAACGUCAAGGGUAAGCCGGGAAGUGAAGUAUCCUGCACAACCAAAGCUGUGUCGGUAACAAAGCAUUUACGGAGCAAAGCCUUCCAGGCAUGUUUCUUCGAUCUGUUGCUAGACGAUUUUGUAUCCAGAGAGGCUCAUCUCUGCUGCUUGGGCGCGUGGCUGUUCGAUGUGCGUCUGGAGUUUAUCGCACGGCCAUGAUGGAAAAUGGCGAGAUGUCGAGAAGAGAGAUUGUGUUUUCAAAACGGAGGAGAACGAAUGCGAAGUCCUAAAGCGCAAAUGUGUUGGUAAAAGGUUUCGGAACCAGUCAAACGGCUUUGCAGACUUCUUAGAACGAUGUGCUCGGAAUCAGCAAAACUGUCGACAUCGCUAGGUAGGAGCCCAAAAAAUUAAGCCAUCGCUUAGCUUGUCUGGACGAACCUCUGUGGUCAUAAACUUUGUAACGUCGUAUUUAUUUGUGAAAAUUUAUGCGAAAGAUGAGACAAUGAUAAUCGAGUUCAUGUUGAACAUACUGACAGCCGCUUUGGACUGGUCUUGACCUAUUGAUUUUCGCAAUAUGAUUCUAGAGCGUUUUUGCAGCUGCAAAUAAGUGGUUCCUUUGUUUUAAUUUGCUUCAAAGUGCAAGGAAAUCGUAAGAGAUAUUGUUCAGGCGUAAAAUACGAGAAACCUAAGGUGAACCUGAAAGGAAACCAUAAUUAAAAGGCCGAAAAACAAACAUAUCAGCAGAGAGAUUUGAACGCUCCAGUUGAUGUGCCUUGCCUUUAUUAAUUUCUUUUAAUGCAGCUGGCUUUCUCUUAUCCCUCUCCAAGUCAAUUGACAAGGAAAAAUAACUUGUGAUCACUUGCUGUUCGCGAAUUGAGAGCAAAACAUUUCCUGUCCACGGAGCUAGAGAAGGAUGGAAACAUGAGGUUCAAGGGUGUUGAUGAUUUUAUGAACCAUGUCGUCAAGAAAAACCCCGGGGAGCACGAAUUUCAUCAAGCUGUAAAUGAAGUGAUAGGUUCUCUGUGGGACUACCUUCAGCUACACCCUGUUUAUCUUGAUAGUAACAUAUUAGAGCGCAUUGUGGAGCCAGAAAGGGUCGUUAUCUUUAGGGUCCCAUGGAGAGAUGACUGUGGAGAGGUCCACGUCAACAGGGGCUUUCGUGUAGAAUUCAAUUCAGCCAUUGGCCCCUACAAAGGUGGCCUGCGCUUUCAUCCCAGCGUCAACUUAGGAAUUCUUAAGUUUCUUGGCUUUGAGCAAGUGUUUAAGAAUAGCCUUACAACGUUACCCCUGGGAGGUGGAAAAGGGGGAUCUGAUUUUGAUCCCAAGGGUAAAACCGACAACGAGGUUAUGAAUUUCUGCCAGUCUUUCAUGUCGGAGCUCCAGAGGCACAUCGGCCCGAAUACGGAUGUCCCAGCUGGGGACAUUGGCGUGGGAGCAAGAGAAAUCGGUUACCUGUUUGGCCAGUACAAAAAAAUACGUAACGAGUUCACUGGGGUUUUAACGGGGAAGUCUUUCAGCUUCGGUGGAAGUCUGCUCCGACCUGAAGCUACCGGCUACGGUCUUGUAUACUUCACCGCAGAGAUGCUCAACACACGGGGCGAGACCUUUAGGGGAAAAAUUGUUACGGUUUCGGGAUCAGGCAACGUGGCGCAGUUUGCGUCAGAAAAAGUGGUGCAGUUAGGUGGUAAGGUGGUUACCUUGUCCGACUCACAAGGCACGGUGUACGACCACAGUGGUUUAAACCAAGAGAAGAUCGAAUAUGUGAAAUGGCUCAAAAAUGUCAAACGUGGCAGAAUAAGCGAGUACGUGGAAAAGUACCCUGACGCCGAAUUCUUCGAAGGAAAACGACCGUGGUUCGUGAAGUGCGACGUGGCUUUACCUUGUGCGACCCAGAACGAAAUUAGCAAAGAAGACGCGGAAAUACUGAUCAACAAUGGCUGUUAUGCUGUUGCAGAAGGCGCUAACAUGCCAUCCGAUCCUGAAGCGAUUGACGAAUUUCGCAGAAAUAAAAUCCUCUUCGGGCCAGGUAAAGCAUCCAAUGCUGGAGGCGUGGCAGUAUCUGGGCUUGAGAUGUCUCAGAACAGUCUGCGCAGCGCCUGGACACGAGAAGGCGUGGACGAGCGCCUGCAUGACAUCAUGGAAAGUAUACACAACACUUGUGUCCAGUAUGGCACGUCCAAAGAUGGCAGCUACAUCGAUUACGUAAAGGGAGCAAAUAUCGGCGGCUUCAUUAAGGUCGCUCAAUCCAUGCUUGAACAAGGAAUUGUUUAGUGAAGAAUUUUGCUAAUGUAAUGAGUCGCCGUGCUUUAUGUGUGAGAAUUUCCUUUUAUAGGACAAUUUUAAGAGGUAUCCUUCUAUAACGCUAGGCAUAGCUUGUCAAACACGCUCAUUAUGCUCGAAAUUUAGGACGUCUUCUUGCAGAUUUUAUUUAAAAACUCUUGGAUUAAAUGUUCCAGUUCACUUAAAGCAAUUGAAGUCAUUCACUUUGCGUUGGUUACAAAACCAAUUAUUUUCCCGGGCGCAGGUUAAAAACAACUGGUAUUGUGAGGCUUAAGUUUUACUUCGGCUUUAUUCUUGGUUUUCUUUCACCGUUUCUGAGUUUUUAAAGUAAUAUAACGAGUUAAUUCAUUUUAGAAGAUUUUUUUCAUACAGUAGGAACGCGAAGAAGAAUGUAUCGUAUCAAGAAAUGAUUUAAUAAGAAAUAAAUAGACACAAGAUACUGA